CCGCUUUCCUUUGACGAUAGAAAGCUUUAAACAAAAUCCUGGGUUCCGCAUGUUAGCUGUCUCUUACUGAUGCGAUCCCAACCAUUCAUCCAAAAGGCAAGGGGGGUUGUGAUCUUUCUUAUUUCCAAUAAAAUAAUACUAACGUAAUUACACCAUCUUCAGAGGUUAUCGCUAUAAGCAUGUUUAUUAGUACCAACUAAGCCAACAGACUAGUGUAACUGAGAAUUCAACCCAGAAAACUGAGAAGAGAGGUGGGGUUUCAAAGUAAUCCCGAUGGGUCCCUCUAUUCAUUGCAGAAACAGCUGUAAUUUGGAUAUUCUUUGACACACAAAAAAAAAAGCUGCUUUUCAGAAUAGUUCAAUGAGUGAAUAUUAUCUGACAAAGACAGUUGCUCUUCCUCAAUGACGCAUAAUUGUUGUUUUUAAUGCCCAACUCAGCACAUUUUGGCAUUAGCUGGUGAUAUAUGUAUGCGUUGAAGCUUUCUCUCCCAGUAUACAGAUAGUUGUCUUUUAGGUUAUGACGAGAGGUGGCGGCGGGGCUUUGGAUAUGCCCAGCAUUUGACUAGAGGUUUCAGAAAAAGAGAGGAUGUUGAGUGUGAAUUGCCGCUCCUCCUCCUCUUCUUGCCCCUCUCCUCCUCACCUGAAUUUCGCAAGUGCGCCUGAGAAUGGACUUCUCGGAAGUGUACUAAAUAUGUCACCCAGUCCCAGAAUAUCAUCCUAUUUUAAUCGUUUUGUACAGUCGGAAAGAAUAUUAUCCGACCAGGCUUCCCUGUGCUGGGAUUCGAAAAAGGCAGUGACUUGUUCCUUCAACUCUAUUCCUUCCGAUGGCACUCCAACUCUGAAGUCUUCUGCGGAGUUGAGGGAGGAGAUUGCUACCCUUGAGGGUGAAAUUAUGCAUUUGGAGCGUUAUCUUCUUUCACUCUAUCGGACAGCUUUCGAAGGGCACGUAACCUCCUUAUCAGAUACUCCUGGUCCCUACUUACAAUACAAAAUUGAAUCAUCACCACUAGUUCUAUCAAAUCAAUUACAUCACAAAAAGGAGCAAUAUGUGUCCAGAGGUGGUUUAAUCCAUCAUGAUAAAAUGUCUCCUGCACAUGGUUGGGCCAGUUCAGAUAAUCAGAGUUGUUCUGCAAAUUUAAAACCAACAUCUAGUAGGGACCGGAAAAAUGUUGGUUCUGGUCAUCGUAGCCUAGCAGAUCACCUUGCUGCUUCUUGCUUUGAUAACAACCUUUACACUCCAGAUAGACUUUCUGAAGACAUUGUGAGAUGCAUAUCUUCUAUAUACUGCAAACUUGCGAACCACCCUCAUACCCAUUCAGGCUUGUCGACUUCUCCUAGUUCUUCCUUGUCCUCCUCGAGUAUAUUUUCUUCUAAGAAUCCAUGUGAUAGUUGGAGUCCACAUUACAAUGAAGAUGCUUCAUUGUACCCUCAAUUUCAAGUAUUAAAAGAAGAUAGUGGACCGUAUUCUGCCAUGGUGGAAGUUCUGAAGAUAUGUUUAGACGACGACAGUUUCAAUUUUGCUGCUAAAAUGCUACAAAAUUUCAGGUCAUUGGUUCGAAUUCUCGAGAAGGUUGACCCGAGAAAGUUGAAACGCGAGGAGAAGCUUGCUUUCUGGAUCAAUAUUCACAAUGCCUUAGUGAUGCAUGCAUAUUUGGCAUACGGAAUUUGUAAUCGUACAAAAGGUUCCUCCAUUUUAAAGGCAGCAUACAAUGUGGGCGGGCACUGCAUUAAUGCCCAUGACAUACAAAGCUCCAUUUUAGGAAUUCGAUCACACCACUCAGCUCCAUGGCUGCAUACACUGUUUUAUCCAGGAAGAAAAUUGAAGACAGCGAGCGUCAGACAUGUAUACGCGUUAGAAUACCCUGAGCCACUAGUUCAUUUUGCGCUAUGUUCAGGGGCAUACUCCGACCCUGCGGUUCGAGCGUACACAGCGAAGAAUGUAUUUCAGGAUCUCAGAGUUGCUAAAGAAGAGUUCAUUCAAACUAGUGUCCAUAUCCACAAGGAAACAAAGAUUUUCCUGCCAAAAAUCCUUGACUACUUUGCAAAGGAUAUGACACUAAGCAUGCACGGGCUUUUGGAGGUAAUAAAUGAGAAUCUAUCAGAAGUUCAACAGAAGGCUAUAAAAAAAUGCAUGAAAGGAAGGGUGGAUAAGUGCAUCCAUUGGUUACCACAGAGUUCAACAUUUCGAUAUGUGAUACAUGGAGAAUUAGCCAAAGGGAGAACAACAGCCAGCUGAUCGGUACUUGCUCCGUAUCAGUGUAUGUAGGAGGGAUCUUAAAGCGUUUGUUUGUUUGUUUUUUUUUUUUUUUUUGUUUUAAACAAAUAAGGAAUAAAUGUGAAGCUGUACAGGGGUAAUUAGAAAGACAAAACUAAAUAUAUUUUUUUUGUUAGAUUUAAGCAACAAUGUUCUCUCUCUCAUUUUGUUCACAGCAUGUGUAAAUUAAUUGUCGAGAAAACACGUGUCUCCACUGUUUGAAGAUGAACCCUCCAUUGGAUCGUUGCUUGAACAAGAACAUUAAUUGUGUA